AUGCUGAAUAGUGAGGAGGUAGACCGUAAACGUGCGAGGGUUGAAGCAGGAGCCUCUGCGACCAACCCUACUGCUACUCUUCCUGGUCGCUACCAAGAGGCUAUAGUCUGCCCUCAGAUGAGCGUCAAAAAAGUUAUGCAACAUCUCGCUGAGAUCCAAGCCCAAAGUCGCUGUGUUGUUCAUGUGGUCAACGGUACCAAUCAGGACCCCUCCGCAGUUGUGCUCAAGCUUGCUACUAAUACCCAAGCUUGCCUCGACGAUUGCCGCAAUAGGAUUCACGAGUAUAUCUCUGCUGUUCUAUCCACAUAUAAGGGGGAGUUACCAGAAGGUUAUGAACGCAGGACUUUGACUAUUCCCGAAUCGAGCGUGGGGUCAGUAGUCGGCCCUAGGGGUGCGGUCAUUCGCGCGAUACAACGCGACUCGGGUGCAAAACUUGAUAUAGCUCCUCGUCUAGAGAGAACGACUGGGGGCGACCAGGAGCUCGCUUUGGUGGGAGGCAGGGACCAGGUGGCUGCUGCUGUGUGGAUGGUUCAUGACGUUAUGGAGGGACACUACAACGUGGAUGCGGCGUUGUUGCAGCAAGAGCAAGAUAGGAGGUCGAAGAGUAUCAGCAUGGGUGGCCAGGGGAGGGGGGUGUAUGCGGGCAGACAUGGUGAUCCUAAUAUACAAGAAAAACGGGUUAUAUAUGUGCCGGUGGAACAUCCGCUCCAACUGCUGGUAGCGACAGUACGAGAGGUCCUCGAGCGUUGA